AUUUUUCAUUUCAUAGUUUGAUUUGAGAAUACCGACUGCGACAAAGCUCUUCAAAUGUAAAACCUUGAAAGAAAAGCGGAGUUAUAUGCCAAUUGUUCACUUAAAUUCUAUUGCAAUUGAUCCGAGGAACCCGUAUCGUUUCGCUGUUGCAGGAUCGGAUGUGUAUGCCAGGGUCUAUGACAUUCGCAUGUGCAGGCGGGACGGGAAACCAUGUGGCAAACCGGCCGAUUGCUUUGUUCCUUUGCAUUUGAUUGGUGAUAACCAUUUUGAGAUAACGGGGUUGGCUUUCUCAGAUCAAAGUGAGCUUUUGGCCUCAUACAAUUUGGAUGUGAUUUAUCUUUUCUUGAAGGACCAAGGAUUGGGUCCUAAUCCAUAUUCAAUAUACUCAAACUCAACUAUGACUAAUGGGCAUACAAUGCAAACUUAUAAAGGGCAUAUAAAUUGUAAGACAAUAAAGGGAGUGAACUUCUUUGGUCCAAAUUGUGAGUAUGUUACUAGUGGAUCUGACUGCGGUCGUCUAUUUAUCUGGAGGAAGAAAGGAGGGGAGCUACUGCGUGUGAUGAAAGGAGACAAGCAUGUUGUAAAUUGUAUUGAAUCUCACCCAUACACCACCAUGCUUGCUAGUUGUGGGAUCAAAAAGAGCAUAAAGAUAUGGCUGCCGAAUGCUGUGGAACAAGCUGCGCCGAUAGAUUUUUAUGAG